AUGGCUACCACCACGAACACCAGCACCGAGACGCAACGGAAGUUCGAGGUCUCCAGCAACACGGAGAUUCCACGUGGCGACGUCCGCUCCUCAUUGACUUUCUACGCACCACCGGAAGAUGGCUCGUCACCGUUCAACUAUGUGGAGCAACCGCCCGAGGGCAUGCCACAACGGAACUACAAGGAGAACAACAACGAAAUCACCGUCCACGACAUCCGUGGCCGAGAGCAUGAGUUUGACAUGAACGUCAACGGCUUUGGAACCAUCUCCGGUGUCCAAAGUGAAGAGAAAGACUUCAACGACGAUGAGCACAUCAAGAAGGUUUACUACCCCGAAGUAGAAAAGCUCCUUCUCGACAACGUGCCCGGCGCCAACCGCAUCUUCCUCUUCGACCAUACCGUCCGCCGCAGCGAUCCAAACGCAAAGCGAGCACCGGUCAAUCGCGCACACAUCGACCAGACCACCAAAUCAGCCAUCGCACGUGUCCAUCUCCACAUGGGCGACGAAGCGGAAGAGCUGCUCAAGGGACGAUUCCGCCUGAUCAACGUCUGGCGGCCACUGAACGGACCCGUGGUAGCGUCGCCUCUAGCUUACGCGGACUCCAAGUCGGUGCCGGACGAGGACAUUGUACCUGUGGAGCAUCGAUACCCUCACCGGACUGGAGAGACGGCCGGAGUCAAGUACACGCCGCAAGGACAGUGGCAUUACUGGUCGGGCAUGACGAAUGAGGAGCGUAUUCUGUUGCAGUGCUUUGAUAGCAAGGACGGUGCGAGGACGCCACAUUCGGCCUUUGUCGACCCAAGAACGAAGCCUGAGUGGCCAGGUCGAGAGAGCAUUGAAGUGCGAGCUCUGGUCUUCGGCUAG